AUGGCACAAUCAGAUCAUAAUACUAGUUUGCGUUUAACCUCUGUCUUGCUGAACGAUGUCAAUUAUGUCAGCUGGUCUAGGGCUGCUGCUCUUGCUCUUGGGGGUAAAAGAAAAUCUGGGUAUAUUGGUGAGAAUAGUACUUGUCCAGAUGUUAAGGAUCCAAAAAUCUGCAAAGGAUUUGUGGGGUCUGUUGCUAGUUUGUAUGGCUUACGGAAUAAUGCUGCUCGGGUGUUUGAGCUGAAACGUGAGAUUGCCGAGGCUGAACAAGGUACGAAAAGUUUUACUGAGCAUUUUGGUUAUUUAAAAAAGAAGUGGGAUGAACUUGAUACAUAUCGUCCUCAUACAACUGAUGCCAGAACUCUCUUGAAGAGGGUUGAGGAGGAUAAAAUCUUUGAUGUGCUCAGUAGUCUCAAACCAGAAUAUGAAUCUCUUAGAAGCACUAUUCUCAUGAGUGCUGAUUUGCCAAGUCUGUCUAGUGUCUGUGCGACUGUGCAUCGUGAAGAGACCCGUAAGAAAGUUAUGAAUCCUGUUUCUAAAUGCACUGUAGAUCUGGAUGCUGCUGAAUCCAGUGCUCUUCUGAGCUCCAGAGAUGAUAAACGCAGAGCCAUGGACAAGAAUUCUCGUGCUAAGGGUAAGAGAGAAGUUUUUCAUUGUGAUCAUUGUAAUAAAAUUGGUCACACAAAGGAUCGUUGUUGGGAUAUUUAUCCUCAUCUUAAAGCUAAUUUUGACAAAGAUAAUCUUGCUCGAGCUGCUGUAGCGGAUAAUUCAUCCUUUACUAUAGACCAGUUGAAGGAUUUCUUUCACCAGUUGGGUAAUACGAAUGAGCGCAAGGCCAACCAUACUUCAGGUAACCUGCUAGCCUUUCUUACUACGCCUGUUUCCAACCGCCAUAUUUGGAUUAUUGAUUCAGGAGCUACAGAUCAUAUGGCAAAUGAUCCUUCGUCAGUUUAUGCAUUUAUUCGCAGCUCUCACAAAAAUGUGUCUGUUGCCAAUGGCUCUAUUGCUCCUGUGAUGGGCAGUGGGAAAGUGCAUUUUUUUCCAGAUUGUUCGCCAUCUAAUGCACUUGUUGUUCCCUCGUUUCCUACUCAGUUGUUAUCUGUUGGUCAAAUCAUUAAUUCUCUGAAUUGUGAUGUUACAUCUACCCCUACCUCGGUCAUAUUUCAGGAUCGAAAGACGAAGAAGACGAUUGGUAGAGGCAUCUUUUCUCAUGGAUUGUACCUGUUACGCUCUAGUGACAUGGCAUGUCUCACUCACAGAUCAACUCCGCAGUUUCUUUAUCAUCAAAGACUUGGACAUCCUUCCAGUCGUGUUUUGUCUAAGAUUUUUCCCACAUUUUCUGUUCAGUCUCAACAAAAUGGUGUUGCUGAAAGGAAACUCCGUCAUAUUCUGGAAACAACCCGUGCUCUUUUGAUUCAGAUGCAUGUUCCAAAGAAAUUAUGGUCUCAUGGUUCUCUGACGGCCACUUACUUGAUCAAUCGUCUGCCUAGUCGUGUGCUUGAGUUCAAAUAUCCAUUAGAGGUUUUAAAACAUCAUCAGCCUGGCAUUUCUCAUCUUAGAGUUUUCGGUUGUGUAUGUUAUGUACAUUUACAGGAAAAGCAUCGUGAUAAACUGGAUUCACGGGAAACUAAGUGUGUGUUCUUUGGUUACUCUUAUACAAAGAAAGGAUAUAUUUGUUAUCAUCCACCCACUAGAAAGCUACAGAUUUCUCGUGAUGUUGUGUUUGAUGAAACAAUGGCUUAUUUUCAGUGUGAUUUUGGCAGUCGGUCUCAGGGGGAGUGUUAUACAUAUUUGGCACCACUUCCAGUUAUUAAUGAGAUACCUACUGCAACCUAUUCCCACAGAGAUAAUGGUGAUGGGGUAGAGUUGGUGGACUUACCUACUGCAGUGUUGGAUGUGCAUAAUGAAGCAGUUCAUGAAGAAGCUUCAGACAAUAAUGUUAAUGUUACUGAUGAUAAUACAGGACUACAAGAUGUGCUGCAUCAAGUUCCGAAAACUGAGGUUUUGGUUCCACAAGAUCAUCAACCAGUGCUGGAUCAUGGUCCUUUACUUUAA